UGUGGGAGGAUUAAGUCAAUGCAGCACACUUUUCCUAUGCUGCAGUAGAAUUUGUGGGUGUCUGUGGGAGAGGAAGCCCCUGAAAGUAUAGAAGGAAAACUCAGAGAUUGGUCCAAGUAGGAAGUCUUUGUUUCUGAAAAGCUCCUGCUACAAAAAACUAGGAAGUUGGGCAUUUCAAAGUCCUGCCUGCCAGUGAGCAGUUUUCUGGUGAAGAUGUUCUGUUGGUGCCUUUAAGGGCAUUUUCUCCUGAUGCAGCUGUGAUUUCUCCACAAAUAUCUUCCGAGAAAGAGAUCUAAAGGAUGAGGUGAAGGAAGAAGAAAUGGCCAGCUCUCAGAAUCCGUUUUGUUCAUUUGGGAGGGCAGAGAGCUGGAGUGGCAGAUGUCAGCAGGACACAGAAGUUUUCCUUACCUCUGGAAUUAAGAGACGGAGCGUUCCAAGCACUCCGCUCCCACAGCGUAUUCAGCAACCUGCUGCUCCUCGACGUGACCUACUUGCCCGGGAGGAAGAAUAUAAGCGUUUAAAUGCAGAAUUGGAGGCAAAAACAGCUGAUCUGGUUCGACAAGCUGAGGAAGUAAUAAGAGAUCAGCAAGAAGACCAAUCGAGGCCUGUUUCAACACAAAUUAAAUCAUAUGAAAAGCAAGAGGAUUGCAAUUUAAAAGGUCUGUUGUCUGAAGGGAUAGUUCAUCUUCAUUCAGAAACUAAGCCAAAGACCAAAAAUGUUGACGCAGUGAACAAGAUUCAAAACAAACUACACUCUACAAAUAAAGGAAGGAAAACAAAUUCAAGUAUAAAAUUGAAAUACUUUGAUGUACAGACUGCCAAUGAUGUUGCCAUUCCAGAGGAUUUCUCAGACUUUUCUCUUGCUAAAACAAUUAGUAAAAUUGAAGGGCAACUGGAGGAAGAAGGCUUAUCUGAUUGUAUCGAUGAUGAUAUUUUUUGUGGUGUUAGUAAUGACAUUGGAAUAGAAGCACAGAACAGAUUUCUAAAGGCCAAACUCCGUGUUAUGCAGGAGGAAUUGGAUAAUGUUGUAUAUGAAUGCAAUAAGAAGGAAAAUGAAAUUCAGGAUUUAAAGUCUCAAAUAAAAAACUUGGAAGAAGAUUGUAUGAGACAGCAGCGAACAAUUAAUUUGCAACAGUCUCAAACAGAAAAAUAUAAAACUCUUUUUGAGGAGCUAAAUAAAAAAUGUGAUGGAUUACAGCAACAGCUGUCUUCAGUAGAAAAGGAAUUAGAAAAUAAAAGAAGACUACAAAAACAGGCUGCUACUAAUCAAAGUGCUACAGAAGUUCGGUUGAAUAGAGCUCUAGAAGAGGCAGAAAAGUAUAAAUUGGAGUUAAGUAAAUCAAGGCAAAAUAACAAGGAUAUAGCCAAUGAAGACCACAAAAAAAUUGAAGCAUUAAAGUCUGAAAACAAGAAGCUAGAAAAACAAAAAGGAGAAUUAAUGAUAGGGUUCAAGAAGCAGUUAAAAUUAAUUGAUGUUUUAAAAAGGCAGAAGAUGCAUAUUGAAGCUGCCAAGAUGCUGUCUUUCACUGAAGAGGAAUUUAUGAAGGCACUUGAAUGGGGAAAUUGAUAAGUGACCUACUUUAAUUAGUCUGUAUAACUGACUGUGUGCCCCAUAUACAUUUUAUUUAAAGUUUUAAUGAUUUAUUUUUACUCUUUAUAAAUAAUUAAGAUAUUUGAUAAUGAAAUCAAAGCAAUUGCAACAAAUUCCCUGUUUAGAUUUGGGGUGGAUACAAAAUUGAUAGGUGAUUAUUAGAAAAUUGUGAGCCACUUGCCCUUUUAUAUAAAGUAUUUUAUGCUCUGAUGAUUUAGCUCUAGUUAAUAAAAACAGUACUAGCACAUAAACUGUCAUUUAAGUUCUUAUUGACAAUAAAGCACUUUGAAAUUC